AUGUGGCUAGUCUUUUGCCGUAUCGUUCCCACAUCAUCAUGCAACAUCCAUGAAUUUCUAGUCAACAAGGUUAAAAAGGCACCGCUUCAUUGGCUCACGUCAACCGAUUCAGGGAUCAUCCUCAAUCGCUUCAGCCAAGACAUGACUUUGAUUGAUCGAUCACUUCCAGGAGAGUUUCUGAAAACUUCCAAUAACUUCAUUCAGUGUGUGAUGAGUGCGGCAUUCAUCUGUGUUGGUGCAAAGUUUAUGGCUCCUCUCAUUCUACUUUCGGUUUUUGCAAUCUACUGGAUCCAGAAAUUCUACCUUCGCACAUCGAGGCAACUCCGCCAUCUGGAUCUAGAAUCAAAGUCACCCUUAUACACGCAGUUUACCGAGACACUCAAUGGUAUCAUCACGAUUCGUGCUUUUGGCUGGCAACACAGCUUCCAAGAGGAGUACAGAAAACUACUUCAGGAAUCCCAGAAACCUUACUAUUUCCUGUUUGUUGUUCAACGCUGGCUGACCCUAGUAUUGGAUCUAGUUGUCGCGGGUGUUGCAGUCAUGCUGGCCGUUUUAUCCGUUUUCGUACCUAACAUUGGGCCAGUCGGAGUCUCCCUUAUCUCCUUGAUCACCUUUAAUCAGCAGCUCGCUGAGCUCAUCAACUUCUGGACAUUGAUGGAGACAAGUAUAGGUGCUAUCACUCGAGUUCGGAGCUUUGAGAAAGUUCCCACUGAAGAUCUUCCUCUGGAGAAUCAGGAUCCACCUUCUACGUGGCCAUCAGAGGGUUCCAUAAUCUUUCAAGGUGCCGACAUGGCGUACAAACCAGGUGCAUCUCCCAUUCUUCGACAAAUAUCAUUGUACAUCCCUCCUGGAUCCAAGCUCGGGAUUUGUGGACGCACAGGAAGUGGCAAAAGCUCACUCAUUCUCGCUCUUCUUCGCAUGGUGGAAGUACAGAGCGGAGACAUCAGCAUUGAUGGCAUUAGUCUACAGUCUUGCCCUCGCGACACGAUUCGCAGCAGAAUGACCGUCAUACCUCAGGAGCCUAUUCUAUUUCCAGGUACUAUCAGAGAGAAUAUUGCGUCAUUCAAAGCAAUUGAUGAUGACAAAGUCCUUGGGGCUCUAGAAAAGGUGGAGUUGAGGGACUAUGUAAUGGCACAUGGAGGUCUAGAUGCGAGGAUAUAUGAUCUGCCAUUGUCUGCGGGCCAACGCCAGCUCAUCUGCCUAGCAAGGGCUAUCACCAUGAAACAGAAAAUCUUACUCCUGGACGAAGCUACAAGCCUUGUGGAUGAUGAGACGGAUCGACUGAUGCAACAGGUAAUUCGAAAGGAGUUUUCGGGGUGUACCAUUAUUGUAGUUGCACAUAGAGCUCAUACUCUCUUGGACUUUGAUCGAAUCGCUGUCAUUGACGAAGGCAGAGUUGCUGAGUAUGACACUCCGGAUGUGCUACUUGGAAACCGUGCAUCCAUCUUCGGACGUCUUUGUGACCAGACAAAAUCAUCUUUACUUUGA